AUGACGCGAGCUGUCAGCCUGGUCCGCCCCAACCCGAGCGAAAUGAAGCCUGAUGAAAUACCAUUUCAAAAGAGGCCUGCCUCUAAUGUCCUGGAGAACAACCUUGAGAGUGAUGAAAUUUUCAGUCAGUUUGACAAGAUCCAGAUUUGUCAGCAGUCCUUUGAACACAAUGGAAAUGACAAAACUUUCAGCGGGAAGAAGAUAAUACUUAUGUGUGAGCAAAUUUAUUCCAAAGAUCCAUGUAAUCAGCAAGCUAAGUCAGAACUCAUUAGAGAUCAGAUCAUUCGAAGUGCAGAGAAUCAGUAUGAAUGCAAUGAGCACACAAAAGUCUUUCACUGGCAAUCAUCUCUAAUUGGUCAACAGAGACUCAACAAGAAAAAAUCUUAUCAAUGUAAGGAGUGUGGAAAAGAGUUUCAUUGUAAGUCAAGCCUAAUCAUACAUGAGAGGGUCCACACAGAGGAGAAAUUUGAUGAAUGCAGGGAGUGUGGAAAAGGUUUUUCUCGUAAGUCAAACAUGAACACAUGUCACAGAAUGCACACUGGGGAAAAACGUUAUCAAUGUAGUGAGUGUGGAAAAGGUUAUCUUCAUAAGUCAAGCAUAAUUGUACAUCAGAGAAUCCACACUGGGGAAAAACCUUAUGGAUGUAGUGAGUGUGGAAAAGCUUUUAUUCGUAAGUCAAGCAUGACCAUACAUCAGAGAAUCCACACUGGGGAGAAGCCUUAUGAAUGUAGUGAGUGUGGAAAAGCUUUUAUUCGUAAGACACAGCUCAUUACUCAUCAGAGAAUUCACACUGGGGAAAAACCUUAUGAAUGUAGUGAGUGUGGAAAAACUUUUAUUCAUGAGUCACUCCUCAUUAGCCACCAGACAAUCCACACUGGGGAAAAACCUUAUGAAUGUAGUGAGUGUGGAAAAGCUUUUAUUCGUAAGUCAAGCAUGACCAUACAUCAGAGAAUCCACACAAGGGAAAAACCUUAUGAAUGUAGCGAGUGUAGAAAAGCUUUUAUUUGUAAUUCACAGCUCAUUACUCAUCAGAGAAUCCACACUGGGGAAAAACCUUAUGAAUGUAGUGAGUGUGGAAAAUCUUUUCUUCAUAAGUCAAGCAUGAUCAUACAUCAGAGAAUCCACACUGGGGAAAAACCUUUUGAAUGCAGGGAGUGUGGAAAAGCUUUUGUUCAUAAGUCAAGCAUUAGAUCACAUCAAAGAAUACACACAGGUGAAAAACCUUUUGAAUGUAGUGAAUGUGGAAAAGCUUUUAAUCAGAAGUCAAACCUCACUACUCAUCAGAGAACUCACACUGGAGAGAAACAGUAUAAAUGUAGUGAGUGUGGAAAAGCUUUUCUUCAUAAGUCAAGCAUGAUCAUACAUCAGAAAAUCCACACUGGGGAAAAACCUCAUGAAUGUAGUGAGUGUGGAAAAGCUUUUAUUCGUAAGCCACACCUCAUUAGACAUCAGAGAAACCACACUGGGGAAAAACCUUAUGAAUGUAGUGAGUGUGGAAAAGCUUUUAUUUGUAAGUCAGACCUCAUUACUCAUCAGAGAACUCACACUGGAGAGAAACAGUAUAAAUGUAGUGAGUGUGGAAAAGCUUUUCUUCAUAAGUCAAGCAUGAUCAUACAUCAGAAAAUCCACACUGGGGAAAAACCUCAUGAAUGUAGUGAGUGUGGAAAAGCUUUUAUUCGUAAGCCACACCUCAUUAGACAUCAGAGAAACCACACUGGGGAAACUUAUGAAUGUAGUGAGUGUGGAAAAGCUUUUAUUUGUAAGUCAGACCUCAUUACUCAUCAGAGAAUUCACACAGGGGAAAAACCUUUUGAAUGUAUUGCGUGUGGAAAAGGCUUUUCUAAUGUGGCACAACUCAUUAAGCAUCAGAGAGUCCACACAGGAGAGAAACAUUAUGAAUGUAGUGAAUGUGGAAAAGUCUUUACCAAACAGUCAGAUUUCAUUAGACAUCAGAGAAUCCACACAGGGGAAAAACCUUAUGAAUGUAGCCAGUGUGGAAAAGCUUUUUCUCAGAAGUCAUCCCUAAUCAUGCAUCAGAGAAUCCACACAGGAGAAAAGCCUUAUGAAUGUAGCCAGUGUGGUAAAGCUUUUUCUCAUAAGUCAAACCUAAUUGUGCAUCAGAGAAUCCACACAGGGGAAAAACCUUAUCAAUGUAGCCAGUGUGGAAAAUCUUUUUCUCUUAAGUCAAACCUAAUCAUGCAUCAGAGAUACACAGGGGAAAAACCUCGUGAAUGUAGUGAGUGUGGAAAAGCCUUUACCAACUUGUCAGAUCUCAUUAGACAUCAGAGAAUUCACACAAGUGGGAAACCUUAUGAAUGUACUGAGUGUGGUAAAGCUUUUUCUCACAAGUCAUCCCUAAUCAUGCAUCAGAGAAUUCACAUGGGGGAAAAGCCUUAUGAAUGUAGCCAAUGUGGUAAAGCUUUUUCUCACAAGUCAAACCUAAUCAUGCAUCAGAGAAUUCACACGGGGGAAAAACCUUAUGAAUGUAAUGAGUGUAGAAAAGCCUUUACCAACUUGUCAGAUCUUACUAGACAUCAGAGAAUUCACACAGGGGAGAAACAUUAUGGAUGUACUGAGUGUGGAAAAGCUUUUUCUCAGAAGUCACAUCUAAUCAGACAUCAGAGAAUCCAUACAGGGGAAAAACCUUAUAAAUAUACUGACUAUGGGUUUCAACACAUCAGAAAAUCCACACAAGGAAAUCUGUUAUGA